AUGUACAUUGUGAAGAACGAUUGGCUGGGAAAGAUUAAAAUGAUUGCUUCUCUGUUGGUGAAUUGCUAUGAUAAUUACUUAAAGAAUCUUUGUGUUUCCAAUAGACCAAGUCCUGGUUUUUUUAUCCAUUUGUUUAUCCAUUCAGUGAGCGAAGGUAUAAUAAAUUGUUUGCUGGAUGACCUACUUGAGGAUAAAGUGAUAAAUCAGGAGGAGAUGUGCAAAGUGAAAUAUGAAAAUCACACAGUCAUGGAUAAGGCUCGAGUCUUGAUUGACAUUGUCAUUGGGAAAGGGCCUGGAGCUUCUAGAUCAUUUAUCAAACAUCUCCAUCAAGAAGACCAUGAACUUGCACGGAAGUUGCAUCUGCCCUCAGUGUGCACAUGA